UAUGGUUGUAUGCUGGCGUUAUACUAACUGUCCUAAGGACUAUGAAUUGAUCCCUGCUAUGAUGAACUGAUCUAUGAUGAACUGAUCUAUGAUGAACUGAUCCAUCUACAAUGAGGUUCCAUCUGCGGCGCUGUCCAACCCCCCCCCUGACACAACUGUUCAACUGCAGGCAUCACUAGUUUAUGCUCCAGCCUCACCAAGUGUGAAGAGGAGGACACCUGUUGCCCUUCCACCAGAGCUGGCAUUCCUAGUAAAGGAGACACCUAAUCUGAUAAAACCAAAGAGGCCUGAGUCAACUCCAGUUCCCUCAGCUGAGGCACCCGUUCCUGUCCCUCUGCCUAGGCAUGACCAAGACACAAUAAACUGGAGCUGUUCUCAACACCAAAAGACGUGGAUGAAGACAGAGCUUAAAGAUCUCGGGCUGUGGCCUGGGUCUCGCGCAGUGCGUAACCCAGGGAACACAAUUUCACUGUGGCGUCUUCCUCCACAGCCUGAGCUCAUCAAUACGGUGGCUGAGCUCCCAUCCCCCAAUUUCUUCCAGCUCCAUCCAUUUUUUAUCUGGAAGCCUGAGAGUGACAUCAUGGCCAGGUUGAGAAACAAUUACAUCCUGCCAUGUCUUCAUAGCUGUCCUCAUCCGCAGGUGGUCUCAGCUGGUGUGGGCAGGCCUCGGGUGAUUGUUGGCACCAGUGGUCAAUAUUACAUCUUGUCCUCACGACUCUGCUGCAAGGCUUGUCGCAGGAACUGGUUUGCUGACAGUCCGCGAUGGCUGGAGAAGCUGCCCAAGCGCUUUUUCAACCUUCUGCCCGCAUUUCUGACUUACAAAAAGGCCAUCUGCAAGUCUGUGAUGGAUGAGCUGAGGCGCAUUGGCAAGUCACCAAAUGAUAUGGCAAACCAGGUGAAUGAGGUCAUGCAUCUCAAGUAUGAGCGAGCUCACCUGGCCUACCUACAAACCACAGAAAGUGUCAUGAAUGCGGAGGCUGGCGUGUAUGGACAGAGGACCAUUGGGCAGUUCCUGAGGAAGGAAAACCAGUCUCGUGCUUUUGGGCUAUAUGAAGAUCCCAAUGGCUGGUGUGGAGUCUCCGUGUCAAGUUACUAUGUGAAGCACCUGGCAAAACUCAUAAACACCAAAUCAUCUUUCAACACGAGCCAGGAAACACUUCUGCUGACACAACAGCUGUGGCACUCUUUAACAGAGGGGAGUGAGACGGUUAGUGUUCCUGUGGUCACUAUGGGGCCGGCUAUUAACAAUCCACCUCCACCUGCAUCUGCCCUGUCCACACCUCUGUCACAAGAAUCGAUAGACAAAAUUGUGGAGGGCAUCAUGGAGCAGCUGCCAGCAGCAGCAACAACAGCAGCAGCAGCAACAGCAGAAGAAAAGGCAGACAAAGACCUGUCGUGCCUGUGGACAGCCCAAGUCUCAAUAUGAGACUGAUGGAUCCUCCAUCCACUUCUUUCACCAGCAAGGGCCUGUGCGCUAUUUUUAUUGUUCUAGAAGGGUGCAUCAGAUUUAUGCUGCUGAGGGACUCUCAGACCCCACAAUGCCCUUUCAAGACUUUUCACAGACAGAGUUCUUCCAGAGGGAGCUGGAGGCCACCAGGAAACGGGUGGAGGAUAUGAAAGAUAAAAAGAGGAAAAGACCAGAAUCACAACAUACAGGCCGCCUCUGCAGAUUCUGCCACUUGGAACUGAAACAGGGACCAAACAGCCCACACAUCCAUACGGGCUUCCCUGGAGUGGCAGGGAAAUAUAUUUACUGCCCAUCGAAAGUGUACUCUCUAUACCGAAAUAAGGGCAUGACCAAGGAGAUGACCUGGACGGAGUUUCAGGAGUCUCCUUUCUAUGAGGCUGAGAGACAAAGAUGGGUGGAAGGAAAGAAUAAAUGAUUUCCAUGUAUAUGUUUUUUUAUUUAAUUAUUGUUUUGGUUGUUUAAAUAAUAUUUGACUAAAUAAAUACAUUGUAUAUAUGGUAUGUAGGCUUCUGUAUAGAUGUAAAUAGAUUCUAAAUAGAUGUACAUUUUUAAAUAUGAAAAUAGAUAGUAAAUAUGAAAAUGUAAUUUUGUUCAAGUGGAGUUGAAACUAACCAAGUAUUUGUCUGUCAACCAAUUUAAGAGCCU